AUGGCAUUCCCACAGGCCGCACCAGGCACCGGAGCCAAUCCCACCCAGUGUGCUUGUGUCCGCCUCUUCGGUCCUAACCUGGUGGUGGUGGUGACGCCAUACCGGGAAGAAGCUGUUCCGGCUGGUAACCAAGAAGUUUGUGCCCAUCGCACAAGGGUUCAGGAAACUAUACUGUUGAGCCUGCGGCGUCAGGGGCUGAGUCUCAAACGUAUAACCCUCUCAUAUUUGUCAACCUCUGCUUCGACUGUUAGGCCCCGGAUGAAGUUGCUGGAGAGUGGACGUGGGAUGGCGAAAAGGGCAGGAACGAACCUCCAUGUGCGAGGUGACAUGCCCGGCGUCUGGCCAACAUCGCCACUGAUCUUGUCGCUUGCAACUUCUCACUGCUCCUCAAAGCAGUCGUGGCAAGUAUCGAUGGACGGAGCGAAUAUCCAAUGUGCGUUGUUGUUGUUCAAAACCACCACACCUCAUCCUGCUCCGCCAGCCCUUGACAUCAAAACAUCCCACACUGCUCAGCCUACAGCACUGCAAAGUGGAAAGACUUCUGCUACAUGCGACACAACAUCCUCAUCAGGCCUUGCGUACAUCUUACCACGGUGGUGUCAACUACACUGCUCGACUGAGCCACAACCAGUAGCAAACCCCGACCGUCCUCCAGUCCCCUCGCCUGGACAAACUUUGAAGCGCGUGGUCAGGUUGGCGGGCGUGGCGCCCGCGCUGUAG